CGAUAACGCAGCGUGCCAUGUUUUCGUCAGGCGCCGCCGUGGACGCGUCCGCGUCGAAGGUGAAGAAACGUGACUGGCUCAAUGUUGGCCAAACCUAUGCGGAUACAUACAUCAGUGACGACGAUGACGACAGCGACGACGACCAUGCUGUUCCAGCAGCAUCCCGCGAGGUCGUGACAGCGCGGACAGAGAAAAAAAAACCCGACGUAACCACUAGAAAGCCACAUCCCCCUCCGAAGCAAAACGCCGUGUUUGAAAUCGAUCGCGGAGGCGACAAGAACAACCUCUUCUACGGCACUCUCGCUGACAAGGACAUACCAAGGUACCACCUCGUGAAGCGUCGGCGUAAACACAUGGACGACUCGACAUCGGCCGUGCGCUACUUUGACCCGACCCUCAGGCAACCCCGUCAUUCCCGUCGGGUGAACUUUGCAGAAAGAGCGACCACCGCCGUCCCUCCGUUCGACGUGGCCGCUCCGUUCAUCUCAGUCGAGCCAUUUGCUGACGUUGAAGAAGACGAUGCCCAGACGGACAACCAACGGCUGGAAGCGCUCGUGAUGGCGGAAAACAAGCGGUUCAACGAAGCCCUCCGACAGACCCCCUCUAAUGUCUCGUUGUGGAUCAAGUACAUGGCAGCGCAGGAGCGCGAAGGCGGCGCGUUCGUGCGCCACAAGCUUAAGCAGCGGUCGGCGGUGCUGGACAAGCAGCUCGCGAUUUUGCAAAAAGCCAAAGCGGCCAACCCCACGUCCGUCGAGUUGCACGCCAUUACGUGGCUCAUGUGUCUGCAAGCUCCAGAAGAACUGGCCAGUCGACUUGAGCAACACCUGCUCACGGCCCCCGACAGCGAACUGCUAUGGCUGCUGCUUAUCCAGCAAACCCAGCAGCAGUUUAGCUCGUUUUCCCUGCCCAAGAUGCGAAACCUGUACGCCAGACUCAUCCAAACCCUCCAGCUGUCCACCCAACCCGACGUGAGCGCGAGCCUGGUGCUAUUCUACACCCAGCUCUGCUCGCUUGAGGCCAAGGCCGGGUACACGGAGCGAUCCGUCGGGCUCAUGCAGGCGCUGCUCGAGUUCAACCUGGGCAUGCCCCGUGCGUUCGUGCUCGGAUCGAACGCCGCAUCGUUAGAUGAGCUCAAGCACGAGUUUCAAGCGUUUUGGGAGCUCGACUUGCCCCGGUUUGGCGAAGCAGGACAUGUGACGUGGGCGGCGUGGCACUCGGCAAAAGAAGCAGCUACCGCUGCCCCCACGACAACCCCCGGCGACCACCACCUGACGUACGCGUCGGACUUGUUGCCGUCGAUGCAAAAGUACAUGCACACACUAGAGACCCGCGUCCAGCACGAAGUAGUGGCCAUGCAACCGCCAGUGCACUUGAACAAUCACCUGUCUUGUCGGCAUCACCACCAGCCUAGCCACGUCGUUGAAGGUGAUGCCAGUCGUAGUAGCCAAGCACAAGACACUCGGGAUGAGUAUGUGUGGAGUAACUUGCACGGGUACCGCAUUCCAAUCCAAGACGCUCAAGACUCGGCCGAGUACGAGCGCAUUCUGCACGAACUCCAGUCAAAUCGGCCACCCAAGGUGAAGAACACGGUAGCCAAGCAGGCCAAUAUGGUGGCGGAUCGCGACGAGCGGAUGGACGCGGCGGUGGUGGCGGACGACGACCCGCAUGUGCAACUGCUUCAAGAAGAAACGAUUCUGCAUGCGACGCAAUGGCAUCCGCUGCACCCCCGCGACCCUACCCACGCUUCCUUCAUCCAAGCCCAGCCAGACCGCGUGCUCUUGUUUGACGAAAUCCAACCGUUCUUGUUUCACGUGCCCGACACGUGGCACCGCGACCUGUUGCUGUCAUACUUGGACCAGGUCGGCGUCAAGUCGUCGGCGCGGCUGUCGUCGCAGGUGCUGCAGUGGCAGUAUCAGGACGACGUGUUCCCUUGGUUUAACGACAUGGUCACGACCAGCUGUCAAACGUUCCAGAACCAUGUGCCGCCGACGCCGGGUAUCGAUCGCUUGGCCUUGUUGCAGAAUGUCCUCCAUGAUGCGCUGGCGAUUUCCCCCGAUACCCUCGCCGACCCGUCGAAAGCGACGCACGUGCGUCAUCUGCUGUGGCAAACGCACCAAUAUGACCUUCUCAUGGAGUUUGAAACCAAGCUGGCGAUGCAUAUCAGUCUCCCGGACGCCCCGCGGGCGCUGGCCAAGCAGCUGCUCGCCGCCGCCCCCACCGACAUGACGCUGUGGGAGCAGUACGCCAUCAUGGAGUGGCGGCUGCAAAAUGCCAAGCAGGUCGUCCGCAUCUGCGACAGGACCGUCGAGUCGCUCCCGUCGACGUCCGUCGAACAGCAUCGGUUCCUAUAUCUCCGGUUCCGCGCCCAGAUAAUGGCCGAGCUGCCGUGGACGGAUCGGUCCGUCUGGUGCUGCGUGUACAUUGUGGCCAAAGCGUUUUUCCCCGAGAGCGUGCCAGAGCCGGUAGCUAAAGCGUGUAAAAAAGUCGAGAAAGCCAUGACGAACGAGUAUGCGGCCAUGGUGCCGGCGGCCGCGCUGCGACUAGUCCGCUUCCGAUUGCAGGCGCAAUUAGACCAAGCGCUGCUCACGACCUCCACCCCCUCGUCGUCGUCGUCUUCCCAGCUUCCGAUCCUGCCGUACGUCGUCUACACCCACGCGCUUGUCUUGUACGCCGUUGAAGGGCUCUCGUCUGCGACAAAGUGCUUUCGCAAGUGGAUCGAUAUGGCCAAAUCCAAUUGCCAGCAGCACUCGCGCACGUUGGCGCCGGAUGCGUGGCGACGAGUGAUGGAGUGGCUCGUGGCUGCGUAUCUGGACUUUCUUUUGCGCACGGGGGGCGGUCGGCAGUCGCCUCGACAGUGGCGCCACGUCACACAGUUGGCCAUGCAGUUGGCGCCAGACCACCCCGUGUUUGUCCACUUGUUUGUCGACGCCGAGCAAAACAACGCGAUGAGCCAGCAAGUGCGCCGCCAAGUGCAGGCCGCCGUGGCCUCCAGUCGAUUGCAUUUCGAUGCCGCGUCCCCCAUGGUGUACUUGAUGGGACUUAUGGGCGAAGUGCAUCGCUUGAAGACUGCCAACGAGCUGGACGUGCGCGAGUCGUGCUGUGCACUGCAUGAAUGGGGACCCGUGGCCAUCGGCCGCAUUCGGCGGCUCUUUGAAGACGCGAUGGAUGACACGUCCAGCUGGCGAUCCCAUGGGUCGGCUUUGCUGUGGCGCCUCUACCUUCGCUUUGAAGUCCACGCCGGCCAAGUCCAAGCCGCGAUCAAAGUGUUUUACCGAGGUAUUCACAAAUGUCCAUGGAGCAAAGCGCUGUAUCUGGACAGCGUGCGCAUCCUGCGGCCGUACCUGUCGGACCAACACAUGGCGGACAUCGUCGGGUUGGUUGUGACCAAAGAGCUCUACCUUCGGUACGAAGGUGGCGAAUAGUAUCGUAGAAUAGUUGAUUAGUAGUACUAGUAAAGGCUAUUAAAUCACGCCAGGUACAAAUACUGCCUGGACAUGCGUCUUGUACGUGGUCCAGUCGUCGCCGUACUUUUCGCGGCAACUCGUGUCAUCACGGACCGCGCGAUGCACGAGCAGAAUGGCAAAGUAGAUGGCGUAGUAGUACGGCAUGAUGCUUGCGCUGCCAGUGUACGCACACCACGCCUACAAAUAUAUAUAUAUCAAACGUUAUACAAAUCGACACAGACAAUCGACCGACCAAUCAAAAGCUAGAAAACGAUGUCAAUUAGCCAAUCAAAUACACUCCUGGAACAUCCAUCGAAAUAGUGUGAGACUAUCCAUAGUGUGAGCACACAUAUCGUACGUACAACAUUCCGCACAAAAACUCGACUGAUAUGGAUUUGGUGAAUCAGCACAAAAAUAAUAUUCAUGACGUUAUUCAAUUUUUGGGUGACACCACAUGAUAUAUAUAUAUAUAUAUAGUUACCAGCCCCAUGCACCAGUCGCCCGUGUAGUUGAUCUUGCGCGCCAAGCCCCACCAUCCCGACACGAGCAGCUUGGUCCCGCGCUUCGUGGGCAUCCACUUCAAGUGCUUGACACUGUCGCCGUGGGGGUCUGUUCGGAACGCGUCCUUUUGGGCGUUUGCCCCGCGAAAGAUGGCGUACCCCAACAUAUUGAGCGCGACAAUGGCGGCAAUCACAGGAACGCUCAAUUGCGGGUCUCGGUCCACAAGGUACCGCGCCUGCAACGAGUACGUGAACGGCACCCACGUAAGGUCUCCGAACGCCAGCAUGUAGCCAAACCCGUCGGUCGUGAUAUCCAUGGUUGUGAGCACGCACUAGAAGGGGUAUAAAAAACGGGUAGCAAACACGUAGCAAACAAAACCACCGAACCUUUUCGUGCCACAACGCGUCCCAGACGUACAGGAGUUGAAAAAACACGACGCACGCCAUGGAAUGCGACACCGUUCCGUGGAGCUCGAGCUGUUUGGCCAGCAUGCCCAGGUUGAGCACUGCCCAGCCAAUCAGACCGGGUCGGAGCUCGCAAAAGUACUUCAAGUCAAACGUGCCAGUGGAUUGCGUGCGAAAGUUGAGUUCGCGGCCGAUGAAAAAGUUGAACACGGCGGACGGCGACGUGCCCUGCUCGGCACAUAGGACGUCAGGGCGGCGGAAGGAUACGACGUACACGAACACGCUGAUCAAGAAGGAGAGGAGGAUGGCGCCGACGGCCAGGUGGAGGUAGUGGUCGUACGCGUACGUCAAGGGCGCAACGCCUUGAAGAUGGCCAAUGGCGACGAUGGCCAUGGACAGCCAGAAGCACGUGUGGCCGUUCACUUUGUACACCAGUCGGUCCUUGGUCGGCAGCACCACUCCGUUGUGAAACUCACCCGGUACCAACCGUUCCAGCAGCACUUGCAACCCAAACCAUCCAAACACAACCGCAAUGGCCUUCGCGUCGACAAGAUCGCUCCACGACAACGUCGUCGUGACUUGGAUGUACAGCUCCCCAAAGUCAAAUCGGUUGUCAAUGCAGUACGACGCAUUGCACCCAGCAAAGAGGAAUACGACCACGACUGGCAAGAUGCACAUGAUGACGAACGAUCCAAUCGGACCGCCAAAGUCAUACGUGAAUGGCUUGGAGUGCUUGGACUGUUCCGACGCUGCUGCCGCGGCGGGUGGCGUUGCAGCCGCCGACUUGCGUUGGUGCAUGAGGUUUCGUUUCAAAAUGGUCGUGCCGUCGCACUGCGUAGUCG